AUGAGUACACCUCUAGAAGCUAAAAUGAAAACAUCUUCCAAUGAUAUCCUUUUGGAAGAUCCAAGUUACUAUCGAGAACUUGUUGGAGCACUACAAUACGUUACACUUACUCGUCCUGAUCUUUCGUAUAGUGUUAAUUAUGUUUCUCAAUUCAUGCAUGCUCCCACGAUAACACAUUUAAAAAUGGCUCGACGUAUUUUACGAUAUGUCAAAGGAACAAUUGUACAAUUUUCUUCACACACUACAUUUGAUCUGUUUGCUUUCUCCAAUGUAGAUUGGGUAGGGUGGACUACAACAAAGCGUUCAACUACCAUUGCACAUUCAUUAGACGAAAUCUUAUCUCUUGUUUUGCAAAAAAGCAACAUACAAUUUCCCAAUCAAGCACAGGAGCAGAAAUUGCGCAAUGGCAAACACAGUGGCUGA